AUGGGUGCUGUAUUUCUCGAAAUUCUCCAUGAACAGCUGGGCCAGGUUGGUGACCUCUGUGUUGAAACCCUUCACACCAUCGUCCCAGUUACGGGCAGGGUUCAGGAUCGAGGCUGGAACACCAGGAACAGCCUUAGGCACCUGCAAUCCAAAGGUUGGGUAGGUCUCGAACUCGGCCUUCUUGAGCUCGCCAGAGUGGAUGGCGUCCAAAAUGGCCCGGGUGUACUUCAAUGGACAACGCUUUCCGCCCUUGGAGGCAGACUUGCCUGUCCAUCCGGUAUUGAGCAACCAGGCGUCGGAGUUGUGCUCGCUGAUCUUGUCAGACAGCUGUUGGGCGUACUUCAUUGGGUGCAGCACCAGGAAUGGCUGUCCGAAACAUGCAGAGAAAGUGGCCUCUGGCUCGGUGACACCGUCCUCAGUUCCGGCCAUCUUGGAGGUGUAUCCAGAGAUGAAGUGGUACAUCACCUGGGCGUUCGUUAG